UGCGGACACAGUGCAUGAGAUGACAGAGCUGCGGACACAGUGCAGGAGAUGACCAGAGACUGCGGACACAGUGCAGGAGAUGACCAGAGACUGCGGACACAGUGCAGGAGAGACCAGAGACUGCGGACACAGUGCAGGAGAUGACCAGAGACUGCGGACACAGUGCAGAGUGACCAGAGACUGCGGACACAGUACAGGAGAUGACCAGAGACUGCGGACACAGGCAGGGGAUGACCAGAGACUGCGGGCACAGUGCAGGGAAUGACCAGAGACUGC